AUGGCAUUUGUUACUGCGCUAUCCGGCUGCAUCAUCGAACCAGGUAUCAAGCCGUGCACGUCGAGUACGGCUACACUCGUCAAGGCGCCUAUCGCUGCCGAUUCCGUCAGCGGUGAAACGGGACUCUACGCGCCGGAUAUGACAUCCCAGCUACCCGUUGAGGUCCUCUCCGACAUCUUCGAGACAGCUAUAAGCCUCGAUCACCGCGAUCACAAUGUCUGCAACCAGCGACUCAGAAGGACCCGGAUACACAUCACACACGUCUGCCAGCGUUGGAGGUCCAUCGCUAUUGCGCACGCCAUCUUAUGGUCCGAGGUGUCCGUCCAGAACAACAUGCUCGCGGAACUGCAUGUAUCCAGAGCCAGCUCUGCACCUCUUUCCUUAUCAUUGUGCCUCGACAAGAUGCGUACUUCAGCUUUGACGCACAACGCAACAUUCCUAGAGAUUCUUCCCCUCCUACGCUCGAUCAGCGCACAUGCACACGGCGGUACCUCAUUAUCGAGAGAGCACGCCUACCGGCUCAUGAGCCAGCUUGCUGCGAUGGAAUCCAUGGGCAACCUCGAUACCCUUGAACUUCACUACGACAUUGGCUCCUUGACGAUGCUGCCCGCCCGCUUCUUCACGGACGUCGCCGUCCAGCUUCGCCGAUUGUCUCUCAGAGGAGUCGUAUGUCCUUGGGGAAACAUUCCUGUCUCCCUGCGCGAGCUAUCUCUCGCUGGGCCACAAGUCCCAUCUUUCACCCGUCAGCGGUGUCUGGACGGUAUCGGCCGUCUUCAAUCGCUUGAAGUUCUCAUCCUUGACAACGUCACAUUCCACAACGCGCGCGAACCGUGCGCCGGCGAUGGCAUUUCGUUGCCCCAUCUCCUUCACUUCAUAAUGAAGGGAGAGCGUCAUGACUGCGCAUACUGGACCAGCGCCGUGCGACCCUCAGCGAACGCUAGGUUUGACAUUCAAGUCAAAUCUCCGUGGAAACAACUCUUCGAGGAUGACGCAGUCUUGCGCACGAUCUCUGCCUCUUGCAAUGCUCUCACGCAAAGCGAUCACUCGGCAUUCCAAUAUGCGAGGCUUGCAUUCGGUGUUGAGGGCUACGGACUGCACUCUUUUGAGUGCUGUCUGGAAGCUCAGACCCCCAGUCUUGACGACGCAGUUCCUACCUGCCGCUUGCUCCUAUCAGACGACACGUCUUACGAAAGUCGCGGAGAUGUCGUACCGACUCUGCCAACCGAUAUCAUACGCGCGCUGCGACAGAGCGAAUGGACGGUCGUCGAGAUCAGCUCUCGUCUCAAUUUGGGAGCCACAGACGUCGAACGUAUCAUCAGUCGGGCGACCUCGCUACGGAAGCUGAGAUUGACCGGUAUUUCUCCGGAAACACUGACGUCCAUCUUCGAGGCGCUGGCUAGCUUGCAGGGCAAGCUCGAAGGCUUGGAGAGGAUUGUCCCCCCAGGCGCCGACUUCGCGUGCGGAGAUCUCCGGUGCAGCGGCGAGGAAUGCGCGGCCACCGCAUUGGACAGAUUCCUUCGCCAGCGCGCAGGCGCGGGCUACAGACUCUCCUCGCUCGUGUUCAGAAAUUGCACUCUGUCGAGCGAACACGUGGGAGUUUGGAGGGACGAUGUCCUGUGUGAGGAAUUGUUGGUGGAAGGGAGUAGCAGUUAG